AUGCAGACAGCAGCCCCUCCUCUGUGGAGAGACACACUUCCUCUGUGCGUGCAACAGUUGGGCGUAGAGAAAAAAAAGGUAACGGUCCGGAAGUUCAAGAACAUGAAGUUGAUCGACAUCCGGGAGUACUACCAAAAGGACGGCAAGUGGCUCCCGGGCAGCAAGGGGCUCUCGUUGACGGAGGACCAGUGGAACGUGCUGGUGUCAAAGAUGGUCGACAUUGGCGAGGCGUUGGUCAAGAUCGACGACAAGGAGCAGUUCAACGUCAUGAAGGCCGCUUUGGACCGCAAGCAGCAGCAACAGAAGGAGGACGAGGAGGCCGAGGAGUACGAGGCCGACAGCAAGGACGAUGCCUCUGCGGCCGCAGUUGCUGCCGCAGCUGCCGACGAGGAUGAGGACGACGAGGACGAAGACAUUGGCGACGUCGAGUUCGAGGACGUCAGCGAGGCCCCUGCCCAGAAGAGGGUCAAGACUGAGUGA